CUAAGACGCCGUCCCCAAGUCUACCAGUGACAACGGCGAUAUCUGGGCCUCCUUCCCAGGCGAUUGGUGGGUACGAUCAAUAUUCCGCGAUGAAUCCGGCGCCUCCAGACAUGUACUAUCAGCCUCCUCAUAUGUCCGCUGGUCCAGCACCGCAACCCCAAACUGUGACAUCAAAUGCCUUACCCCAGUACGGUCACCAACAGCCAACGCUAUUACAACCGGGACCAGCACAGUACUCUGCUCCUCCGUAUCAGUAUGGCUAUACGAAUGGGUUGACAUCCCCUCAGUCCGCGCCCCCGGUCUCUGGCUCCAUGGGUGCCCAAAAUGUUCUGCCUCUUCCAGGAGUGGCAAACCAAGGGGGCAUGCAGAACCAGUACCAAGGCUUUGACACGACAGGCCAAGUUGCGCCGCCGGGCAUGAAACCCCGAGUCACUGCCACGCUUUGGGAAGAUGAAGGUAGUUUGUGCUUCCAAGUCGAGGCACGGGGGAUUUGUGUUGCGCGUCGAGAAGACAACCACAUGAUAAACGGAACGAAGCUGCUCAAUGUUGCUGGCAUGACCCGCGGUAGGAGAGACGGGAUUUUGAAAAGUGAAAAAGUGCGCCAUGUCGUAAAGAUUGGCCCAAUGCAUCUUAAGGGUGUUUGGAUUCCGUUCGAAAGAGCCCUGGAUUUUGCCAAUAAAGAAAAGAUCACCGAGUUGUUAUAUCCUCUGUUCGUUCAUAACAUUGGGGCUUUAUUAUACCACCCCACAAACCAGAACCGGACGAACCAAGUGAUGGCUGCGGCCGAACGGCGAAAACAAGAGCAGAAUCAGAUGCGCAAUGGGCCCGGCCCUACACCUCCAGGAGGUGUCUUACCGUCAAUACAGCAGCACCAUCAUCAUAUGGGACUCCCUGGACCGCAACCUUCGCUUCCGUCGCACAACAAUGCGGGUCGACCUUCCCUUGAUAGGGCCCACACGUUCCCAACGCCGCCCACCAGCGCGUCGAGUGUAAUGGGAAGCAUGGGUGCUUCUGAAAACUUCCAAUGGGGUCAACAAGGGAUGAGCGGUGCUCAGGGUACUAAUCCUAUGUCUAUUGAUACAGGUCUUAGCAAUGCAGCACGCUCAAUGCCAGCAACGCCAGCGACCACACCACCUGGCACUACUUUGCAGAGCAUGCAGCCCUAUUCUCAAGCCAGCCAGCCGUACGAUAGUUCUCGUGCUGUGUACAAUGGCCAAGCUCCCCAGCAGUCUCCUUACCCCCCUUCGAACAGUAGUCCGCAAGAUAGGAACAUCUACGGCCAGACAAGUUCCUACCUUAAAAGUGAGAUGGGACCUCCAUCCGGGAGACCAACUGGCACAGGACCAAGUGAGCCUCCCGACGUGAAGCCAUCAAACGGAAUGCUGCAACAUAGCGACGGUGUGCCUCACCCCUCCGGCGAGGACGAAGCCGAGCAUGAAGCCGAAUAUACACACGAUAGCGGGGCCUAUGACGCCAACAGAACGUCGUAUAGUUAUAAUGCACCGCCCGUCACCGCAUUGCCGGGUGACCAUCAACAUAUGCCCCCGGACAUGACGGGCUCACCAAAUCAUCAAGCUGGGUCGGGCCGUGCAACGCCUAGGACCGCUGCACCGCCGCAACCUUAUUAUACCCAACAAGCAGGGUACAGUACGCCACCACGUGUACCACCUUCCAGUAACCUUUAUAAUGUAAUGAGUGGCGACCGGGCGUCCACAAAUGGUGGCCCGGCGCCAGAUGUUUAUAGCUCUCAGGGUGAUAUGGGCGCCCCGAUGCAGAACGGGUAUGCUGCUCAGUCAGUCAUGAACGGUGCACCUGGUACCUUGAAGCGAGGCCGUGACGAUGAGGACGACCUACCUCGCCCGUCGAGCGGUGGACUAGACUUGAAGCGCCGGAAAACCAUGGUCGACGGACCCAUGCCUGCUCCAGGAUACGACGCAAUGAACCGUCCGGCCUCCGCAGUAGCUCGCAGGCGAUAACGCCGAUCUGAUUGUUCGGUAGGCUGUUGAUGAAUACUUCUACGCAUUAAUUUCGGUGUUUGGGCACUUGUGCGAAACCUUGAUUCUACGAGGACGAAUCACUUUCGCGCUAUAGAAUUCGACGCCGACUACGAGAUACACACACACACUCCUUUGUUUACUAUUCCCUUCCGAAUCAUUUGUAUUCGCCGCGACGAUUCAUCAUCGGCAUGUUUGGGCCCAUCC